AUGGAUUUAAAUUGCCUCUUACAACAUGCUAAUUGCAUUCAUUCUACGCCGGUAGAUGCCAAAUAUUUUACUAAUAAGGAUUAUGAAUUAUUGAAAAAAUGGAGGUCAUGCCUAUGCUCCUAUGGAAAUAUUGGAUCAUCUACUGGAUUGGAUCAAACGUUCAACACUCUGGUAGAUGAAGCGAUUAAUCCACAGACAUUAGUCGAAGAAAUCGUUCAAAAUCAUUCACUAAAAGUGUAUGUAAUUGAUAGUUUGAAAAGAUAUAAUAGUUUGAUGGAUAUUAUUCAUAUAUUACCAUCAUUCACUGAAUUAAAGUACACACAUGAUCAACAAGAACAUCGAACAACAAUAGAAAUUUUUUUUAAUAUAACAGAAUCAAUAACAAAAUCAGUUUUAUUAACAACAACAAUUGAGUCAAUGUCAUAUGAAAGUCAACGUUAUUUUGGUAAUUUUAUUAAGAAAAAUGAUUUACCCGUACCAUUUGCAUAUUAUAUGUGGAAUAAUCAAAUAAAUUCUGUCGAAUAUAAAAUUAACUUUAACAUAUUGUCUGAAAUAAUGUGUUUGACAAGUGGUCAAUAUAUUUUACAAAUUGGUAGUGAAUCAACAAUUGGAAAGGGUAAAACCAGCAUGUUACAAUAUAUCUUUCCUGAUAAACGUAGCGAAGCAUUAAAUACAGAUGGAAAUUCUACUCUUCGAAAUGGAUGUAUUGAUGUACUUUUCUCGCCAGAUAAGACAGGGCAAAAUGAUGAAUCUUACGUUAUUUUUGAUACACAUGGAACAAUGAAUAUUUUCAAUGAAGAUAUUAUUACUUCUAUUCAAACAUAUUGUUCACUUCAAAUUCUUUAUGUUACAGAAAAAGAUCUUAAUAGUAUAUUUUUAAAUUCUAUGAUGAAUUAUUCAAAUACAAUUCAAGUAAAACCUACUAUUGUCAUUAUUUUUGAUGCAAACUAUGAUGAUAAACAUUAUUCACCAGAAAAGUUAAUUGAUGCUUUUAAAUUACAGUAUAAAAAUUGGAAGUAUGUGAAAUGGACAACCGCGCCACCUUCUCACUUAUGGUAUCAGCAUGAUCAUAACAAAAAAAAUAAAGAUUCAACACGUUCACAACAUCUUCUUAAAUCAUUUAAAGAAUUGAGAGACAGUACAAAUGCAGAAGUACAAAAACACAUAAAAUGUACAUCAAUAUUUUCCAUUCAAUCCUAUUAUCGUACUGUUAAAACUUCGACAAAUUUCGGUGCACCCGUUGAAUGUUAUUUUGAAAUUGAAGAUCGUCUUAAACAACUAUUCGGUGAUUUAAAUGAAAAAACAGAAAAUCUUCGUAUUGCAACUCCAGUUAGUUACCUGAAUUCAGUGAUAAAACAAUGUGAGAAGGAAUUGUUAAAUAAUUGGGAUGCUCCUCAAACGGAAAUACAAUCUCGAAAAGAAAAUUUAAUUCGAGAACGAUCAAAAAUUGCAAGUAUCAAUCGUCAUACUGUUUUUUUCAUUGAUCUAUUGACGAAAUGUUCAUAUACGGAAUUAUUAAUAACCGAAAAAUAUUUAGAAAAAUGGCGAUCAAAAUAUGAAUCAACAUUACUUGAAGAACUAAGCAAAACGAAAGUUGAAGCCUCAAAAUUAAGUUUACGAAUGAAACAGAUAGAAGAACGCUUGUCCACAGAGAAGAAUUUCAAUCAGGUAGAAAAGAAACAAAAGCAACAAGAACUAGAUAAUGUUAAAAGUGAUUAUGAUCAACAACAUAGACUCGCCAAUGAAAUUAAUCAGAAACUGAUGAAUAUUGAUCUAACCAUUGGUCUUUUUUGUGAUGAAAUAAUGGCUUUAUAUGAACUUUCACCGCAUGUAUUUGAGCCUCCAAAUCUUAUAGAAGAUAUUGCUAAAACAUUCGUCAGUUUAAUGCUGAAAGGUUUUGCAAUUCAUAUACUUCGUGGUCGUCCGUUACGCUGUCAUAAUGAAUUGAUAGAAAAAAGCAUAAAAUAUCUUCCCACAACAACACAGGGAUCACCUUUGGUUUUAACAGUUAUUGGAGAACAAUCAUCGGCUAAAUCAUCAUUAAUGAACACAACAUUUGGUUGUAAUUUUCGUGUUAGUGCUGGACGUUGUACAAUUGGAAUGUAUAUGAGUGUUAUUCAUUGGAAAUCCAGAACAAUUGUUAUUUUUGAUACAGAAGGACUUCUUUCAUUAGAAGAAGCUGGUUCAAUAUUUGAUAAUCAGAUGAUUACAAUGGCUGUACUUUCUUCACAUCUUGUUUUAAUUAAUCAUAAAGGUGAAGUUAGUUCGAAUUUAAAAGAUCUAAUUGGUAUGAGUUUUUAUGCAAAAUUAAAUAUUCAUAGUCCAAUAAAACCAAAACUAUUAUUUGUUUUAAGAGAUCAAGCAGAUCUAUCAUCAAAAAAAACAUUCUUUCGACAACUAACACAAUUGAAAGAUCAACUGCAAAAUGAUAGUAAAUUUCUUAAAACUUCAAUUGAUGAUGAACUUGAUAUUAAUAAUGAAAAUGUUUAUUUAUUACCAAAUGCAUUUUCACAUGACACCGAUGUUAUUUCAAAUAUACCACGAUGUUGGAGAAAUCAAACAUUUCCACAAGAAAUUAUUAAACUUCGACAAAUAAUAUUUAAAAAUAUCACAAGUACUACAAAACCUCAAAGUUUUCAUCAAUCCAACAGAAUUUCAUCUAUCGAACCACAAUCACCUAUAAUAGAUGCAGCAUAUACAGAUAUGACACAAUUAUAUAUAAAAAUUUCAAGCAACUGGGAAGCAAUUGAUCGAUUAGGUCCUCAGCUAUUAGAAUGUAAAACACUGUACGAACUAUCUAUCAUGAAAGAACUUCAAGCGAUAGCUAAUGGUAUAAUUAAGACAAUAAACAGUAUUGUCUAUCAAAAUGGUGAAAAAUUAAUUGAUGAAACAUUAUUGAAAUUAUCAAGAAAUAAUUUUAUCGAUAUGGAUCAUAACAGUAUGGUCGAACAAUUUAAUCAUCAGUUAAGUCUCAUUAUUACAGGUAACAUCGAGCAAGCGCAGAAUAAUUUCAAUAAGGAGACACAAAGAAGUUGUUAUCCACCAGAGAUUAAAUUAAAAAUUACUAAGCGUAUGGAAUCCCCAAUUCGUUCUGCCCAACAUUUAUUAAAAGAGAUGUUUGAAGAACGAUUACUUGAUCUGUUACGAAAAACGCGUAUAGAUGAAGCACGAAAACAACUAUUAGAUGCAGUACAAAAAGCAUUUGAUCAAAAUCAAAGUCUUCAAUUAGAUGAUUUCAAAAAUCGACUUCAAACGAAUUUCCAUCGUACUACCGAACAAUAUCAAAGAGAUCUGCAAUCAUCAUUUGAAGCAGAAUCUGCAAUUAUAGAAAAAAUUUUAAGAUUUUAUAAUAAUGAACUGCGUUGUAAACAAGGAGAAACAUCAAAAGAAAAUAUUUAUAAUUUAUUACCAAUAAUGGAUAAAGAAAAAUAUAAAAAGGACAUCAACAGAUUUCGAAAGUGUUUGACGCAGUUUGAGCGACAGCCACAGCAUCAAGCAAGAAAGAGAUCUAAUAGUGUCUGGCAAGGCGUCAAAUCAUUUUUCAAAGGACCUACGGCGAAACCCACUAAUGCUUUAUGGGAAGAGUUGAAAGGAAACAUUAGCUGGUCUACAAAUUAUAAGAUCGAAGAAAAAAAUAAAAAUCUGUUUACAGAAAUAUGGAAUGUUGUUUUUGGAAAACUUGAAGAAGAUCUAUUAAAAUUAAUUUCUCAGACAAAAUCCUUUUCAUCAGAUCCAAAAACCAUUCAACACUUCUUCCAAUUUAUUGAAAAUGCAAUGAAUUCUCCAUGUAUAACAACUGCAGGUGGACGUUUAGAGAAACACGAACUCUGUUCAGAUUUGGCUGUAAUUGGCCUUGAUACUAUAAUUAUCGAAGCUAUAGCAAAAGAAAAAUCAGAUUAUGAAGUAAAUUUACAAAAUGCAACAAAUGAAAUGCAGGAAUGUAAAGAUUUUUUAUAUAAACAGUGUAUGGCGAUGAAAGAUGCAUUUGAAUUAGGACGAACACUUGCUGGAACAAUCGGAAAACAGAUUAUCGAGGAUAUCAGUCGUCUUUUACAACGCAGAAUGGAAAAAAAUAUAAAAGAAGAUAUAGUUAGAAGUGAAUUUAUCAAUCAUGAGGCUAUACAAAAACAAGCCUACGAGGAAAGCUUUAAUCAAGCAGAUGGUGAAAAUAUUCUUAAAUAUAUUGAUGAUAUUAAUCGAUAUUUUAUUGAAUUAAGCUUAAAAGAAAUUAAAACAAAAGCCGUUGCUGUAACACAUAAACAUGUAUUAAAGUUGCAACAUUUUAUUAUUUUGGCAAUCGAUAAAGCGAAUGAAGUUGUUCAACAAGGCCAAUAUUCAAACACUAGUAGUGUAAGAGAUGAUGUGCGGAUUGCAAUACUUAAUCUAUCUAAAUUAAAACUGGGAGAAUCAGCUGAUACAGAAAUAUUUCGAAUGUUUUCAUUGAAUAAUGUUUUACAUAUGCAAAUUAAAGACAGCGAACGUUUUAAAAAAGGGUUCGCCAGUAUUCGUGAUAAUUAUAACGGUAUUGAAGAAGGAGUCGACGAUUUGACGAAAAAAAUGAAAGCUGUAGCAUUUGAGAGUUGUAAACAAAGCAUUGCACAGAAACUUGGUUGUCAAGCACGAUGUCCUGGAUGUGGUGCUAAAUGUAGCAAACCAGAGCCUCACGACAAAGAAGAGGUUGAAGUCUGGGAAAAUCCUUGUAAAAAGUGUUCACCAAAUCAAUGCACGUGUACACAUCCUGAAACAAGAUCUGUUAAAACUCAUGAAAGUACAUAUCAUUUGGCAGGUGCAUUUCAUGGGUGGGUAUCUCACCCACUACAUACACCGUGUCUUCGAUUAUGUUAUCAGCAUUGGACAACAAGAGGCGUUUAUGUAGGAAAACAACGCCAACCGAAUAACUUGCAGAAUGCAAAGAGCGACGAGACUGAAGAUGAAGAUGAAAUUAUAUUUCCAAAAGCUAAAUAUUAUAAUGAAAGACAUCCAGCAUGGUAUAAUAACUUAAAAAAACAAUCAACAGAAGGUAAUACAUGCAAUGAGUUGAUUCCACCACCUGAUCAAAGACGUGCUUGGAUGGUUGUUCGUCAUGCAAUUAUUAAUCGUCGUAACGGUUCUAUGAUUGACAACAAAGAAUAUGAUGAUAAAUUAUAUCCAUUAAAUGCUGAUACUUUACCAGCAGAUUUCGAGCCAGUAUGGAAAGACGAAAAUUUUGAAUAA